ACAAAACUUAAAAGACAUCGGCCAUCAGACGUACCAUGACUUGAGAAUACAUGAGGCAGGCGAAUGCGUAUUCCUACCGGCUUCGCCUUGCCUUGUUGGUUUGGAGCCUGAUCAAACCAACAGACGGAAAUCCCGCCCACCAUGGACUCUCGUAGCAUGCAGGACAGCGUGUCUGUCUCCGGGUCCGAGUCUGGCAGGAUGAAGCUCCAGCUGCCGGCUAGCUGCGAUCCGCCACAACCGGGGGCUCCUGUGAAGCAGUUGGUCUGGAUUGUGUUUGGUGGUACUGGCCACAUGGGCCGCUCCCUAGUGAAGGCGGCACUGGCCCACGGCGACCUCGUCACCACGGUUGGCCGUGUCUUCGAGACAACGCCCGAAGCCAUGGCGCAGCUGAACAGCGAGACAUGCCUCGGCCAGCUCUGCGAUGUGCGUGACGGUGCGUCGGUCCGUCGGGUCAUGGAGCGCACCCUUGAGCGCUUUGGCCGCGUCGAUUGCAUCGCCAACUGCUCCGGCUACGGCGUCAUCGGCGCGUGCGAGGAUCAGGACGAGCAUGACCUGCGCAACCAGUUCGAAACCAACUUCAUGGGCACCCUGCACAUCGUCCAGGCCAGCCUGCCCUACUUCCGCCAGCAAAACGGCGGCCGCUAUCUUAUUUUCAGCUCCACAUCAGGCGCCCUAGGCGUGCCUGGGCUUGGUCCCUACUGCGCGACAAAGUAUGCUGUGGAAGGACUGAUUGAGGGCAUGCUCUAUGAGGUCGACCCGUUCAAUAUCAGGGCAACCCUGGUCGAGCCAGGCCUGGUGAGGAGAGAUGAACCGGAUUCACAAACGAACCCGCUUCCUACCUGGGGCCAUUUCCUGAUCAAGCCUGCCAGCGAGGCCUACUCGCAUGCCACAUCUCCGGCGCUGCACGCAAAGAGGAUGGUGCAAUGGUUGGGCGACCGGCAGCCUACGAGCGCGGUGAAGUGCGCAGAGCUGGUGUGGCAGCUUGGUCACUGCUCGUACCCGCCACUCAGAUUACUGCUGGGAAGCUAUGCCAUUGAGAGUAUCCGCGACCGGCUGAGAUCGGUGACCGAGGAGCUGGAGGACUGGAAGCAUCUCAACUACCCUGUUGCGCCGGAUGCAGAGAGGACUGAGAAGGCGGAUAGGGAGGAUAAGGACGAAAAGGAGGACCGGGAGGACAAGGAAGAGCGGGAUGUCGACGAGGAGAAGGACGAUGACGAUGUCAUGGAAGGGAUGAGUCCUGAAAUGAAGGAAACUUGAAAAGCCUCACGGACCAGCGCUGAAUUGCCGCGGUUGCUUCUUUACAGUACAGCGGCUGUACUAUUCAUCGUAUGUAUACCUAGCAUUUUGGAGAUGAUAGCUUUUGCCAUCUGUGCCCAUGAUACUCUAUGCAAUGCCAUCCGCUGCAGCUUGC